CUCAAUAUUUGUCUCGCGCUCUCUUUGAAAUUCUCUCCAAUGUCAUAAGCCACAUCAACAGCACUAGGCUCCCAACGUAUCGGUCAGGAACAAAUUUGUUCGCCCUUGCGUUAACGUGUCGCUCAUUCUCGGAGCAAGCAUUGGAUGCUCUCUGGGAAACCGUUAACGGCCUUGAUCCAUUCAUAGAAUGUGCUAGGAUUUUAUUACCGGACAAUGGCAAGGAUUCAGAAGACUGCCGGGUUGUUGGUUUUUCUUUUUUGCUUCUCAACACAAUACAAUUUAAUCUUAUAUCUACGGACGCUUAGAUCCCAACAGAGUCCCAGCUGGCCAUUAUUGAUCGCUAUGCACAUCGUGUCCGGGUUUUUAUGGUACCAAUGUCUUGUUGGCAGCGUCCUAUUCGAUGCUUUUUACAAGCCCUUGCCUACUCCUCGAAGGUCCUCAUGCCAAACUUACGAGAUCUUAGUGGUUAUUUCCCAUUGGAUGCGUUCCAUCUGCUGCGCCACCUAUUUGGUCCACGCCUGCAGAACAUUUACAUAUGCAUCACCACCAGUCACUUCACAUAUGAGCAGCAGGAUUUUUUUUUACAGAGGACUGCGUUGCAUGUGGUUUUACGUUCUUUGUAUUCAACCUGUCCAUCCCUUGAAAAUUUUGCGUUUUGCAUCCAUGACGGCGUGUAAUGGGACCCGCCCACCGUUUGGGCAGCAUUGCACUUCUUUCAAAAAUUACAGGAGCUGCGUACAGUCACUGUACCGGGUAUUACCAAGGAUACCCUGGCACAUCUGGGUAGCCUCCCGUGCCUGAACAGCCUGGGGACGCACCUGCCCAUCGACUGCGACAGACUGGGCCGGUGUCGAAGUUUUCACACGUCUAUGGCCUCAUAGACUCACCCAGUUAUCACUUCGAUCCAAACCUACUGCAGAUACUUUUUGACUCGCUCCAUACACGCGAGGUCUUCAUGUACCUGCACUCUAUACGCCUCUACGAAUCUCC